CGAAACACAGUCUCCGUUUGCGCACGGUGGCCUCGAUGGUUCCUCGCAGUCGGCCUGGAUGAGGGCCUGGGCAUAGGACAGGGGGCGGUCUGAGCGUUUCCGCUUGCUCCAGCCGAUGCACCGUGAAAGGAACUGUCGGUGGGUCCCAUUGAGCUCCGUGUAGUUCUCCGCUGUUAGGCUCCACGAGGCGCACCCAAAUAGGAGAGUCUACAUCACUUCAGCCUGGAGUAGCCGGAUCUUGAGCUGGCGGUCGGCCCGUUGCCUGUCGUACAUCGAAGCACUGUUCCGGCGGUAGCCCUUCCACGCUCGGCAGCUGCGGCUCGUGAUCUCCCGGUCGGCCUUCCCGUCCGCGGAGAUAAACCAUAAUCGACUUCGUAAGUCGCGAGGGAAGGGAUUGCUGUACCCUUCUCGCGAUAAAAAUACCUCAGGCAUGAACCGCAGGAGGGGCACCCGCUACCUCGAGCUCAACAGCUCGCCUAAAAAGCACUAUUUUUUAUGUGUGUUUCCGCUGUUCUCGCUUCAUUUAAAAACGCUGUCCGCCAGCACCUGCUACCUCGAGCUCGACAGCUCGCUGGAGCACAUGCUGUUCGUGAACUACUGGGACUCUGUGGUGGGGACCAUGCCUCUCACUUGCUCAGGCCUCCUUGAACCAGGCGACACCCCGCCGCCCGAAACGCUCGCACACGCCGGCCUCCGUGCUCUCCAGGCAAACCGACAGAGUGAGCCGCACGCCCACGCCAUCGUGCUGGACCCCUACUUCGGGAAGGUGGCCUUCAUCCCGGACCUCGGCAUGCUCCAGAAUGGCACCUUGUACAUGUAG